UGUCAUAGCAACAGCGGGUCGCGCUCCAAGCCAGGACUGGCAGGCCAGGAAGUGGGCGCGUGUGCGCUUGGUGAAGCCCGACUUACCGUAGACACCGGCCGGUGAAGAAUGGCAGAACCAAAUGAUAACGAAGGGCCAAAAGCCAGCACGGAAGCAAUCCAGUUUCUUACUUCAAUUUUGGCAGAAGAGCUACAGCUGUCUCUGUUUGCGGAUUCUUUGGUAACAGUGUCAGAUACAGGAAGAGAACUUGGAGAAUUCACCAUUACUAUUCAGCAAGGAUACUAUCAUGAUGAAGAGUGUUUUCUGAUUCAUGCGAACAGCCAUGGAUCUAUUGAUGAUAUUCCUUGCGGAACGUCUAUUACUGCCUAUGUUUCUAAGAAGCUUGAAACACUAGAACAACAUCACCAUGAAUAUGUGAAGCUUAAGGACCAUCCUUUAGACAGAAAAUCCUAUAUGGUGAAGCAGGAUGAUCAGUUGGUUGUGAACAAAAUUAUCACUGAAGGAGAAAAGGUUAUGAGACACGUUUUCACAUUUCCAUGGAACUCUAUGGAGGGAUUUGUGUCGGAGGCCUCUAAUCUACUAAUUUUAAGGGUUCUUGCUAAAAGACAGACUGUUCCUACGGACAUGCUUUUUCUUGCCUUUGAUCCUGAAACCCAUCUCUGCUCAUCUUCUUAUAGGGAACUGGGCACUAGGAACCAAAUGAUUGGAAACAAUAUGGUUGAGGUAUUUGGGAUUGAAAGAACAAUCAAUUCAGAACAAGAUAUAUCUAGCACAUGGCACUGCUUCUUCCUCUCAGAUGGGCAUCUAGCAAGCAGAGUGCAAGUUGGAUCUCCUGUGACAAUGAAGCUUUUAGUGCUACCAUCAUUAAUACAAAAAGACGAAGAGAACGAUAAACCUGCUUUUGAAAAGAAGCCACUUGUUUGGGAAGAAGACGUGCAACUGUAUUCAAGGUUUCUUGAUAGAAAGGAGGAGCUAAAGGCGAGCCAUGCUGUGUAUCUUAGACAUCAUCCUGAACUGAAAGCACUAAUGGCAGACUUCCUUCAGUUUCUGUUGCUCAGAAAACCAGCAGACAUUUUCAUCUUUGCUGCUGAUUAUUUUGCCCCCUUUUCUUCACAGAAGUAUCCUGAACUUUCAGAUAAGUCGUCUAGAAUUGCCAGUACAGUAACUGAAAAUGCACAAGAACUGUAAAACAAGAAGU